AUGGACUCGUAUGAGCAGCUGGAGCAAGGCUCCCCAGAUCGAAGCCAUACGACAUAUCGAGAACCUUCGCAUCCUGAUCAGAACUCCGCAGGCCAGAGUGAAGCGGCGCAGCCUUUGCUCGAGGGCAAGCAGCCAGAUCGGUCCGGCUCACCGAUCAGAUCCAGUGACCAUGACGUGGUAGACGAGUCCAGUGUCUCAGACAAACAAGAAAGCGCAGCCUAUGAAGAUGAACGUGGCUCGAUUGAAGCGUUUACCAAGGAGUAUACCGGCCCGGUCACAUAUCGUCCUUACGCUCUCAGACCCGCUUUCAUCUCUCUCUUGGGUGGUUCAGCCUUGGUCCUGUCCAUCGCUGUGGUAAUCCUGUGUUGGGUAUCCAGCACUCAGAUCGGAUUGGGUACCGACGACGGAUCAUCCGCCCUGCUUUUUGGCUGGCGAUUCACCCCGUCUCUCCUCGCAGUACUCUACGUCCAACUUACGUCCAUGUUCCUUGAUGGCGUCAAAUACUCGGAGCCUUUUGCUCGACUGGCAAAGCCCGGAGGCUCGACUGGGUCUUACACCAUUCUGCAGAAACCAGGAGCCUGGUGGAAUGCUCUGGCAGAUGGAUUUUCGAAGAAGAAAAACGGAGGCUCGAGGAGCUGGCUGCUCAUCUGUUCGGCAUGGUUGAACAUUGUUGGCUUCCUUGCCAUCUCCCCCCUGUCUUCGUCCUUCUUGAUUUCAAAGAAUGUUCCCGUCCCACGAGAGGCUGGAUUCUCUCGGAUGAUGCUGAGCCAGGACUCUCCGAUCCCACUUCGCACAGGCAGAGAAACGUACCUACGCACCAUCGGCCACAUACUCCAGAACGUAUCAACUUCUGCGUGGAUAUCGGACGAGUACACAGUCCUUCCGUUUUGGCCCAGCGAAUCAGAGACUGCUCCACUCGGCCCGCUCCUUUCCACCUCUUCACAGACAUGGCAAGCCGACACCACCGUGCUCAACACCGAGUUGGACUGCGAAGCAAUGCCAUUAGUCGCAACGGGCUUCGCAAACGACACCUACCCUCUCAGUUUUCCGGCUCACCCUGACGAGAUCAAAAUGAGGUGGCAAGAAAGGCCUUCAAUCAUGCUGAGGGCCGAUAGCGGAUGCACCUACGGACUGGCAUUGGAUCCGAAACUCGACCUCGUCGUGCAAGGAGGAUCAUCAUGGUCAAACGUUUCUACCUUCAACGAUCGGGACUACGGUCAAUUCAAAGAAGUGUACGAAGGAGAUUUGUCUCAAAACUUUUAUGGUCGUCUCAACACUUCGAAUUGCGGGGAUCGAGAGCUCCUUUUCACGACAACCGUUUGGAACGGUUCGGCUGGGAAUUUCAGCUUCUCUCCGGACUUUCGCGCUUCCGGAAACUUGUGCACCGCCAAAUACUAUAUGGCAGAGACUCUAGUCACAGCAACUCUCUCUGAUUCGUCCUCUAUAAUCAGCUUUGAUGAGGAAAAAUACCGAGAAUCGCGCGUUCCGAUUCCAGAAGGUCUCCUAGACAUCUACGGCCUACAAAAUCUGACCCUCAGCCCCAACUGGACGGAUUACAUUGCUCUCCCGGACAAACAAUCCCGUGCUGCGGCUGGUGGCUUGUCCGUACUCCUUGCAGCAUCGUAUGAUUUUGAUACAACCGCCAUGAUGGAAGAUGAGGACUUCAUCAAAAACGCAACAAAGAUCAAGCAGAGGUUAUUCGGCGAAGUCCUCCAGUUCUCUCUCACGCAGGCUGGAUCCCCGCAAGAGACGCUGCAAGGACAGAUUACCGUCGUCGAACCACGAAUUGUCGUUACGCUAGCAACUGCUAUAGCCUUGGCCUUGCUCUUGUUCCACUCCUUCUGCCUAUCGCUAGUGGCGUGGAAGCUUUCCAGUCUGCAACAUAGACCUCUGAAUCUGAGCAGGAAUCCAUUUACUGUUAUAGGAACCGCUACUCUCGUCGCUCAUGAACAACAAACUCUGAAGAAAUUUCGAGCGUAUCCCGACCUAUCACAGGAUUCCCUGCUGCACCACUUGCACGACAAGAAGUUUUACACUAGUCCCAAUACAUUACACGCAGAGCCGCCUUUCACUCCUGUUGCUAAGGGAAAAUACCGCAUUAUUCACCAACAAGACGAGGCACUAAGUAAUCACGCAGGCCAGCCAAAUGCCCCCUACAAACGAAUCCCGAGCAGCAGUAGUUCUUGGGUGCCAGCUGUUAUUCGACUAAGACUGCUGAUGCCUAUGUUUCUGUUUCUGAUAGCAAUAGCUUCCGGGAUACUGGUCUUUUACAGCUAUUCCCAGCGUUCACUCCUCUAUCGCACGGCUUUCGUGUUCCAAACCAAUGUCCCAGGACUUGACAGAACGCUUCCAGCGGUUUCCACCUACUCCAUGAUAUCAACCCUGUUUGGUGUUGUUGUUGGCCUCUGGUGGGGCGCUAUAGACGUAACCUUUCGCCGACUACAACCAUUUCUAUCCAUGAAAAGGCCCAUGCCUAUUUCUAAAGGAGCAGAUCUAUCUUAUCAGUUCAACUACUGGGCGUGGGCAGCAUGGAAGGCAGCUUCAAACCGCCAUUGGUUUCUCUGCCUCGUGACGAUUGGAUCGUCUCUGUGUCCAGUUUUGACCAUUUCAAUGUCUGCCUUGUUUCAACGUGGUGAGGCAGUCGUUCACAGCAAUACGACGGUCCAAAGAGGUCUCGAGAUACGGCAGAUCCCAUGGCUCUUUGAAGUCAACGAAUACAUUGAUCCCGACAGAGGAGACACCCGCGCCGCCGGAGUCAUAAACAAUCUUUACACGAAGCUCUCUACAAACUGGAUGUAUGGUGCCAUCCUCCAAGCAGUACUUAAUGGGUCUCAGCCUUCUUGGAGCAAAGACGGCUGGAGCUUCGUUCCCCUCGACAUAUCAAACAUUGCCAGCAAUGUCCACAUACAAGACAUUGGGAACGGCUCAUAUACAGGCAACUUUGUACCAGGGACCUUCGUUACGGUAACAACUCCCGCUGUGAGAGGCACCAUCGACUGCAACCCUUACGACGGACUGGAUAAUGUGUCUGAGUCGUUCACAACGUACAAGGUGAAUGUUAGCUCAGACUCCGAAGACGUGACCACCUACGUACCAUAUAGCGGCAGGUCAACAUUUUUGCAAGACACCACUGUCCUAUCGAACCCAUCUUACGUCGCAUGCUGCGCGAAUGUCACAGCAGAAGCGCAAGGCAGCGCCGCGAUUGGCUAUUGGUCUCAACUCAAUCAAACAGACAACCCCUUUCAAUCGCAAACAUGGCCAAUCCACUUCGCCACGAAAUGGAUCUACGGCAAUUCCGUCACCGUCGAAAACGACAUCUACCCGUACUACACCGAGAUCCCCGCCGUGCAGGCUCUUCGGUGCAUACCCGCCAUCCAGACCGCCUCCGCUGACGUCACGGUCGACAUCAACAGCGGGAGAGUCAAAUCAUUCACCAUCCUGGACGAACCUACAGACGACCCCAACGUCUGGACGGAAGCCUUCAUCGCACACGACUACGGCGUCCUCUUCCUCUCCUCCCUCCUGGCCGCCGCCUCGCUCAAACGGCUCUCUGGCUCCACCAUCGGCGGCUACGGCGCCGAAGACCUCACCGACCAGACCUUCAACCACCGCGACCCCUCGCGCGGCCUCAACGUCGACUUCAUGACGUACGCCAUGUACGCGACGGCGACAGCAGGCAGCACCACCAACGCGUCCGACGCCUCCGCCCUGCUCGACGCCGCCGCGCAGCGCGCCCUCGCGCAAACGACCUUCGCCACCUUCUUCCAGCACUUCGCCAGCAGCAACGUCUCGCUCGCCGACGGCGGCUGGGCGUACCAGCGCGUCAACGCGAGCCUGCCGGCGGACCUGCUGCCGCCGGUGGUGGGCGCGGGGACGGAAGCGGUGAAUGCGUCGUACGCGGCUGGGAUGCGGCCGGCGUCGCGGACGGAGCGGGCGGCGGCGGUGAGGGUGGGCACGCCGGUGGAGACGUUGCGGGUGGAUGGGGUGGCGGUGGGGCUGAGCGUGGGGAUAUUGGGGUUCCUGGCGGCGGUGGCGGUGGUGGUGGGCGUGUUGCGGCGGACGUACUUUGUGAGGGUGGGGGGUGGGGGGUUUGAGUGCGUGGGGGAUGUGUUGGUGGUGGUGUGCGGGAGUGAGGGGCUGCUGCGGCUGGUGAGGGAUGCGGAGGGGGGAGGGGAGAUGGACGGCGGGGGAGAGGCGCGGCUGGGGUGGUUCCGCAUGCCGGAUGGUUCGUUGCGGGAGGCGGUCGAGGUUACGAGGGGGGGUGGUGGCGCCCGGGCAUGA